AUGACUGAGGAUGUUCCUCACAUGACUGAGGAUGUCCCUCAUAUGGCUGAGGAUGCACCUGAGAUGACUGAGGAUGUACAGGCGAUUGUUGCAGAGGACUUAGGUCGUGAUGGUGCUGAGGGUCUUACAAAUGAUGCUGAGGAAUUUUCAGGUGGGCCACAUGACCUAUCAGUGUUGACUUUAUUUGCGGACCAUGUUGCACAUGUCAUUUGGAGUGGACAGAGGGAGACCGACACAUUCCACCUUCCAGUAGGAGAGUUGAUGAUCACACUGGAUGAUGUGUCGUCACUCCUCCAUCUGCCUAUCAGUGACGCCUUCCACAGCUUUCAUGCUCUUUAUGUGGACAAGGCGAUAUUUUUGUUGAUAGAGUUGCUUGAGGUGUCUGCUGAGGAGGCUAGAGCCGAGACAACACGAUCACGCGGGGCAUAUGUACGGUUGGGAUGGGUUCGAGACAUCUAUGAGAUGAGAUGUCAGGCAUGGCGAUGGGUUGUAGCAGCUCGUGCUUAUCUACUGCACCUGAGUGGUGGUUAUGCCUGGGGAGUUGUCGCGCUGGUUCAUAUGUAUGACCAUUUUGAUGAAGCUUCUAGGACCACGACACGUCAGAUUGGGGGUGCUGGAUCUAUGAGCACUUUCCGAGUGUGCAUCAGUGUGUCACAGAUGAUGUGUACGAGGAGACGUCCCCACGUGCUUCCCGGUGGUUAA